UUUAUAAUAUUCGUGUAACCUUAAAUCACCGAUGCAUAAAGGAACUAUGCAUGAAGUUUGCAUUGUGUUUUUUGUACUAUGACAUUUUGUAAAAGUAAGCAUUCGGGGAAUUAUUGGACACUUUUCUCGGGGGUAUUAUUGGACACUUAGUUCUUGAUGUUUUACAAUAUAAAUUCGUGUGAUUGAUAUGUAUAAGUGUUUUUUCAUACAUAAUUUUAUCAGGGCUUUUGUUUUUUGUCAAUUUCCAUUAUUAUUUUAGACUUAUAAAGUUUUCUGUGACAGAAUGCCGCGUUAUUAUGCCAAGAAAGAAAAGACGAUUGAUUUCGACAAUAUUUUGGAGGCGAUUAAGCUGGUGAAAUUGCACAAGAACUCCAUUCGACAAGCUGCAAAGGCGAAAAACAUUCCAAAAAGCACUUUGGCUUGGCACAUUUCGAAUUUUGACAAGGCAAAUAUUGACGUUGCUGCUGAUAAUGUUGAUGUGAUGAAGAAUUUGCUGAAAGAACAUUCGACGACCGAAAAAACAAUUUUCAAUGCAGAGCAAGAGAGUGUGCUGAUGAAAUACCUUCUUGACGCCAGCAACAUCAACUAUGGAUUGAGUUUGAAGGAACUGCGAAAACUUGCAUAUGAAUAUGCUAAUAAGAUCGGCAUUUCGUAUCCGAACUCAUGGAAUGCCAACAAAGAGGCAAGUACGGAUUGGCAAUUGGCCUUCAUGAAACGUCACCGGAAUUUGUCAUUACGAACAGCGGAACAAGUGAGUCAGAAUCGUGCAAAGUCUUUCAACAAAGAGAAUGUCGAUGCCUUCUUCAACAAUCUGUCGUCUGUGCUCAGUGCCACCCAGUUCGAAUCGCAUCGAAUUUGGAACAUGGACGAAUGUCCAUGCCCGAGUGUGCCAACGAAAGUAGUCAAAACAAUUGCACCGAAAGGAAAAAAGCGUGUAGGAACAUCAACAUCUGCCGAGAGAGGCACAAAUGUGACUCUAGCAUUGUCCGUUAGCGCGACGGGCAAUCAAUUCCGCCGUUUUAUCUCUUCCCACGGAACAACAUGAAAGAG